UUUCCAUGAUCCCUGCUACCUAUAUAAGGACAUGCGUGCCCACGCUUCUUUCACACACCAACAACAGAUCCAGAUCGAUCGAGCGUGAAGGUCCAAGAGUCCUCACUGAGCUACUACAUACUUUUUACUUGUUGCUUGCUUCUCCUGAUGAUGAGAGCACCGGCGGCGGUAAUGGCCAUGGUUGCCAUCUUCGCCAUGUCCACGAGCACCGCCGGCGGCAGCGUGGCGUCCAUCAUCUCCGAGUCUCUCUUCAACCAGAUGCUGCUGCACCGCAACAAGCCCGCGUGCCCUGCCAGCGGCUUCUACACCUACUCGGCCUUCGUCGCGGCAGCCAACUCGUUCCCGGGCUUCGGCACCACGGGGAGCCCCGACGCCCAAAAGCGCGAGGUGGCGGCGUUCCUGGCGCAGACAUCGCACGAGACGACGGGCGGGUGGGCGUCGGCGCCCGACGGGCCCUACGCCUGGGGCUACUGCUACAAGGAGGAGAAGGACGCGGCGGCGUCGGCGCCGGAGGCCUACUGCAGGCCGAGCGCGCUGUGGCCGUGCGCCGCCGGGAAGAAGUACUACGGCCGCGGGCCCAUCCAGAUCUCCUACAACUACAACUACGGGCCCGCCGGGGAGGCCAUCGGCGCCGCCGGGAUCCUCGACGACCCGGACCUGGUCGCCACAGACGCCACCGUCUCGUUCGAGACCGCCGUCUGGUUCUGGAUGACGCCGCAGCCGCCCAAGCCGUCGUGCCACGCCGUCGUCACGGGGCAGUGGGCGCCGUCGCCUGCCGACACCGCCGCCGGCAGGCUGCCGGGGUAUGGCGUCGUCACCAACAUCAUCAACGGCGGCCUCGAGUGCGGCCAUGGCGCCGAUAGCCGCGUCGCCGACCGGAUCGGCUUCUACAAGCGCUACUGCGACUUGCUUGGGGUUAGCUACGGCAACAACGUGGACUGCGCCAACCAGAGGCCAUUCAACAGCUAAGCAUGCAUUCAGCGUAUACGUGUUACGUGUGUGUAUAUAUAUAUAUACACACGUACGUGUAGUUACUCUCAUCU